AUGGAAUUCACCGGCAGAAGCUUCCACAGAAGCCUGAGUUCCUCCUUGCAAGGCCCUGCACUCAGCAUGAGAGGUUCCAUGUAUGGGAAGGGAGGCAUGCAGCACUUUGGGGCGGCACCCAGCGUCUAUGGGGGUGCUGGAGGACAGGGCAUCCGCAUCUCGACCUCCAGACCCAUGGUGGGCUAUGGGAGUGAUCUCACCAGAGGAGACAUGUUUGCUGGCAAUGAUAAGAUGACCAUGCAGAACCUAAACGACCGCCUAGCAAGCUACCUGGAGAAAGUACACUCCCUGGAGCAGUCCAACUCCAAACUCGAACUGCUGAUCAAGCAGUGGUAUGAAACAAACACACCUGGCAUCAGGGACGACAGUGCAUAUUACCAACAAAUAAAAGAGCUGCAAAACCAGAUUAAAAGUGUACAACUGCAAAAUUUUCACUGUGUCCUGCAAAUUGAUAAUGCCAAACUAGCUGCUGAGGACCUCAGGCUGAAGUAUGAGGCUGAGAGGGAGACGCGCCUGACAGUGGAAAGUGAUAUCCAAGGCCUGAAUAAGGUCUCGGCUGAUCUAUCCCUAAGUAGAACAGACUUGGAGAUUCAAAUUAAAGAACUGACUAAAGACCUGGAUCUCCUCAAAAAAGAACAUCAGGAGGAAGUAGACAGCCUACGCAGACAUUUGGGCGAUACUGUAUGUGUAGAAGUGGAUGCUGCUCCAGGCCUGGAGCUUGGCACCAUCAUGAAUGAAUUGAGGCAGAAGUACGAAACAAUAGUCCAGGAGAACCUUCAGAAGGCCAAGGAACAGUUUGAGACACAGACUCAACUUCUGCAGCAACAAGUCACAGGGAGCACUCAAGAGAUCAAAGACAAUGAGGCUCAAGUAAAGGAGCUGAGACACACCUACCGGAACCUAGAGAUCGAACUCCAGUCCCACCUCAGUAUGAAAGAAUCUUUGGAGCGUACAUUAGAGGAGACCAGAGCUCGUUAUGGUAGCCAAUUGGCCACCAUCCAGGCACUGCUGAACUCCAUAGAAGCCCAAAUGACACAGAUUUGGAGUGAUACAGAACGCCAGAACAAGGAGUACAAUAUCCUCCUUGACAUAAAGACCCGGCUUGAGCAGGAAAUUGCUACUUACCGCCGCCUUCUGGAAGGAGAAGAUACAAACACAACUAUAGAGCAUCUGCCGAGCACCCUGGAGGAGAAAGAUGUGAAGAGAAAAAGGAAGAUUAAGACGAUUGUGGAAGAAGUGGUGGACGGCAAGGUUGUGUCGUGUGAAACCAAAGAGAUGGAAGAAGAUGUGUAA